AUGGCUUUACUCAAAGCAGUGUGGUUUGCUGUUAGUCUUCUGGUUAUAUGCUAUAAUCUCGGCCAGCCGGGAUUCAGACAGUCUGUGUCGGUCUUCUUUGAGGAAUUAAUGGGUAUUAAAUCAUCCAGUCUUCAUGUAAGGGAAAAAAGAGAAGUUUUUACUCUAGCUCAAACAACUAUCGCUAAUUAUGAGUUCCAAGCUGUUAUAAACCUUUCGGACCUGGAGAUCCUUCAGCUGUUUCUCAACAACCUCAGCUUUCCAAUAUCAAUCAACAGCACCAGUGAAAUUUCCAGCAUGGACAUGACAACAGUGUGUUCAACUAAUAUAACUGAGUACCAGUGCAGGUGUGAGAAGAACUUUGCUUGGUCUUAUAACAACUGCGUUAAAUACAGAGUCUGUGAUGGCAUUCUUGGUGACACAUGUGGCUGCAUUAAUGACUUCCCAGCUGAUGGGCAGUUCUGCCAACUAAACAGCAGCCAUACAGCUCCAUCAACUAUUGCUGAUUAUGAGUUCCAAGCUGUUAUAAACCUUUUUGAACUGGAGAUUUUUCAGCUGUUUCUCAACAACCUCAGCUUUCCAAUAUCAAUCAGCAACACCAGUGAAAUUUCCAGCAUAAACACUACAACAGUGUGUUCAACUAAUAUAACUGAGUACCACUGCAGGUGUGAGAAGAACUUUGCUUGGUCUUAUAACAACAGAGUUUGUGAUGGCAUUCUUGGUGACACAUGUGGCUGCAUUAAUGACCUCCCAGCUGAUGGCCAGUUCUGCCAACUAAACAGCAGCCAAACAGCUGAAAAAGUUAUAAGAGUGUUUGCUGGUGAACACAUGAACGCAACCUGUGGCCCUCCUCCUCAAGACCUCAAUUUUAGUGUGAACAUAAGGACAGAGUGGACACACAACGGUAGAGUCAUUGAUGAUAGGAAAUUGGAGGAAGGAAAAUCGGUCCUAAAGAUUCCUUCUUUUUUUCCACUGAAUGAUGGGAUUUAUGUGUGUAAACUCAUACGGGCAGACAACUCCAGUUUUAAACAGAACAUAAGAAUCACAUCCAUUCCGAUCCCCCAGAUCAAUGUGAAUCCAGUCACCAAGUCAGUGGAAUGUGGGACAAAUGCUUCUACCAUACUAGUGUGCUAUGUCGACGGUACCUACAAAGUUAGACUUUUAUACAAAGGUGAAGAGGUUGCUAACGGAACUGGCUAUACCAACUAUACCUACUAUGUAUCGGACUGUGAAAAAACAGAGGAAAAGUUCACCUGUCAAUCAGUGACAUCACCACCAUUUACAAAGGAUAUCACACUGAUAUUAACUGCAUCAGAAAAUAUUACAUGUAGAGAUGGAAAGUUUGGUGAUGGACCAGUACAAUUUAAGGCUGUGGUGGGCUGCAGUGGGGGCAAAGUGGGAGAAGAAACAGCCGUUUGUCAGCCUAAUAGUAAAUAUGGACAAAUCGAAGACAACUGCAUCCUUCAAGUUAUAAAGAACCUUCUGGAUCAGUCUGAGGUGUUGGAUGCAAUUACACUCCCACUGUUCUUAGAGCAACUCAGCAAUGCAACAGUUAACUUCACAGAUGAAGUAACUCAGUCUCCAGCAAACACUGAUGCCAUUGUAAGAAUCCUUAGUAAUGUAGCCAAUGCAUCAUCAUCAUUAAAAAUUGAAAUAGAGCAACAUUCCAUGUUGAACAUCCUGGAAACUGUAGGCACUCUCACUAUUGAGAAGGCAAAGAGUUCGUGGGAUACCCUUAACAAGAAGGACACUGAAGCACUAAAUCCGAACAUUAAAGUAAAAAGAGCCAGCUCUUCACUGUUGUACUCUUUGGAAAUAUUCACCAGCCAUCUAGUUAAUAAAUCUUUCAACAUUUCCACACGUUAUAUUCGCUUGAACAAAACUACAAUAGCGAAGACUUUCAAGCAGGAUUUUAACUCCUCAGUGGAAAUAGAAAUUGCUGAAACUGGUGAAGGAAAUCAAUCUAUAACCGUUGUAAUAUUUGCUUCCAUGGAUAAUGUACUUCCUGCUAAAUAUAAAGACAAUUCAUCCAAUGUUAUCAAUGGAAAGGUUGCACUUCUACGGCCUAAAUCUGAAAUCAAAAAUAUUUAUUUAACAUUUGAUAUCUUAGACAGUGGCCUGGGAAAACCUAAAUGUGUUUUCUGGGAUUUUAACCUCUUUGAGGGUCUUGGAGGAUGGAAUGAUGAUGGCUGCAUCCUUGUAUUCAAUGAGAAUGGAAUGAUACGCUGCAACUGCAACCACACCACCACAUUUUCUAUUCUUAUGUCACCUCACCAUCCUAAGGAUCCUGCACUAACGUAUUUAACAUAUAUGGGAGUGGGGAUUUCCAUGGGUUCCUUAAUUAUAUGUCUCAUUAUUGAAGGCAUCGUAUGGAAAACUAUAGGGGACAACGUGACAUCGUACUUGCGUCACGUCUCCAUCAUUAACAUUGCAGUGUCCCUCCUGAUUGCAAACAUUUGGUUCAUCAUUGGAGCAGCUAUUUCAGAUGCGGACAAGAAAAACCCACCAGCUUGCACAGCAGCUACCUUCUUUAUCCACUUUUUCUACCUCGCCAUGUUCUUCUGGAUGUUAGCAUCAGCCCUGCUGUUGCUCUACCGGACAGUCAGUGUCUUUGAUAGAGGGCUGUCUAAAAUGUCCAUGUUGGUCAUUGGAUUUUCUUUAGGAUAUGGUGCACCACUGAUCAUUGCAUCAUUAACUAUAGCUACAACUGCUUCCUCAGAUCGUUACAUCUCAAAUGGUGUCUGUUGGCUCAACUGGGACGGUUCCAAAGCUCUGCUUGCCUUUGUGAUCCCUGCACUUAUGAUAGUGGCCAUAAAUUUGAUCAUCCUGAUUGUGGUGUUAUACAAAAUAUUGACAAGAAGUGUAGGGGGAAAUGCUGCCCAAGCAAGAGAGAAACAUGUUCUGGUGGUUAUUGCCAGGAGUUUGGCUGUACUAAUGCCAAAUUUCGGACUGACUUGGGGAUUGGGAAUUGGAACCAUGGUUGCCCCUAAAAACACUGGAAUCCAUUUGGCUUUUGCGUUCUUCAAUUCACUGCAGGGUUUCUUCAUUUUGAUAUUUGGGCCACUGUUGGACAAAAAAGCACUAUCAAUGAUAACAUUGAAAUUCUCCCGUCAGAAUAAAACAAACACCAACAGUGUCAAAUCCUUUUUCGGUCUGGCAAAUUUGAUCCGGAAGUUAAAAAGAGGAGCAGGUUCUUUAAGAGGCUACGUUCGGUCCUCUAACGAGUUGAGUGAUUGAUCCUCAAACAAUUGGUAUUUGCAGAUGACUCCUGCCUAUCCGGAAAGUCAAUCAACUGAGCAAAAAUACUAUUUACAAUAAAUUCAACAAUAGUUCAAUUUAUGUUGUUAUUAAAAAUGUAUGUUUGAUUUUAUUUGUUCAUAUUGAAGGUGACAACAAAAGGGACAAUAUACUGUUUUAUAUUGUUUUGUCAAAAUCAAUUGUGGCAAUUAAAAGAAAACAUUUAGAAUGGACUUUGGGGUCUUUCAAUUGUUACAAUGUGGGCGUAUAGCUGAAAAGUGAGUGCUGCUGUUUCUAGAUUACGGAAAGAACUAUUUUUCCAUUUACAUUAUGCAAACCUGAACACAUGUGAGUACAGUAAUCAAUAUCUAUAAUGUACUUUACAAUUUUUUUCUUUAAGAAAAUUUAGAAAUAAGAAAAUUGUUUAUUGAGUUUUCUGAUGAUAUUGUUAUUUGAAUUCAA